AAAGCUCCCGAGGCGGAUUAUCUGGACGCAGCGAUGGUUUCAAUAUUACAAAUCCACUUAACUCAGCCACUUCCCGGCGAUGUUCUCGUGUUUUUGACUGGGCAAGAGGAGAUUGAGACGUUGAUGGUUUGUUCAUUAAUUGAGCGAACCAAAAAUCUGGGAAAUAAAAUCAAAGAGUUGUUGAUUCUUCCGAUUUAUGCGAAUCUCCCUUCAGAUUUACAAUCGAAAAUCUUCGAGCCAACACCACCGAACGCACGAAAAGUUGGUAAAAUUAAGGUGGUUCUCGCGACGAAUAUUGCCGAGACGUCAGUGACGAUCGAUGGAAUUAGCUAUGUGAUUGAUCCGGGAUUCGGUAAGCAGAACUCGUUCGAUGCUCGCAGUGGGGUGGAACAUCUUCACGUGGUCACCAUAUCGAAGGCGGCAGCAAAUCAACGUGCAGGACGAGCGGGUCGAACGGGACCCGGUAAAUGUUUUAGGUUGUAUACAGCGUGGGCGUAUAAGCACGAAUUGGAAGAUCAACCGAUUCCUGAGAUUCAACGAACAAAUCUCGGUAAUGUGGUGUUGAUGUUGAAAAGUUUGGGUAUUCAUGAUCUGAUACAUUUCGAUUUCCUUGAUCCACCGCCUCAAGAGACGUUGGUGAUAGCGUUAGAGCAGUUGUACGCAUUGGGUGCGUUGAAUCACCACGGACAACUUACCAAACUCGGCAGGCGUAUGGCCGAAUUUCCGUGUGAUCCGUGCAUGAGCAAGAUGAUUAUUGCGUCGGAGAAAUAUGGUUGUUCAGAGGAGAUAAUCACAAUCGCGGCGAUGUUAUCUUGCAAUGCAGCUGUUUUCUAUCGACCCAAAGCAAUGGUGAUUCACGCGGAUGCAGCCAGGAAAGGAUUCUGGAUUCCUGGAGGCGAUCACUUGACGUUAUUGAAUGUGUAUAAUCGAUGGAGAGAUACGAAUUACUCGACGCAGUGUAUGGAGAAUUUUGUGCAGUUUCGAACGAUGAAGAGAGCGAGAGAUGUGCGUGAUCAAUUGGAGGGUCUUUUGGAGAGAGUUGAGAUUGAACAGAAAUCAAAUAACGACUCGAUGUCGAUAAGAAAAGCGGUAACAUCCGGUUAUUUUUAUAAUUGUGCAAAAUUGGACACUAACGGUUAUUAUAAGACGGUGAAACAUAAACACACAGUUCACAUUCAUCCGAAUUCGUCACUUUUCGAAGACACACCAAGAUGGCUGAUUUAUUUCGAAUUGGUUUUCACAUCCAAAGAGUUCAUGCGUGAGGUCGGCAGGAAUUUUUAUUGUUUUGUUCAUUUGGUGCAAACUAUCGUUAGGCAAAAUGUCUUUAGGCGGACUGACCGGGGACCUCUGAAACUGAGCACUGUUAUGAAAAUAUAA